AUGAUUUGCCUACUCACUACCACCAACAACAACAUCAACACCAUCACGCAACUAGCGUUGACUCUUCUUGUCGUGCUAGUCGCCUUUACACCUGCCAUUAUCGAACAGCUCGUUAAUCGAGCCCAGAUUGUGAUUGCGCCAGUCCGCAAUGUCAUCAACAACGGAAUCGCUGCACUUCUUACAAACACCACCGUUGCUACCGUUGCAGCCAUCAUCGAUGCUGUCCAAACUAUCGCCAACAGAGUUCUUGAACCCGACAGCGAUGCUGCUGCUUUCAAGAACAACAAGAACAUCAAGAACAUCAAAAUCUUGGCUCUUCCACUCAGCGAAACUUACCUACAGCUCAUCCUCAGAGCUCGUCCACGACACUGGGUCUUCAGAUCUCCACAGGAGAUCAUUUUCUGGACCCCACGACACUUGAUCCCAACCUCCACUAUCCGUGCCACCAUUAUUACAGCCCUUUCCAUCAUCGAUGCUCUCGAAAAAGUCGCCAACAGAGCCUUGGAAUCUUACUGCAACAACAACCACAAGAACAUUAAGAUCCUGGCUCUUCCAAUCAGCGAAACUUUCCUCCAGCUCAUCCCCAGAGCUCCACGACACUUGAUCCUCAGAGCUUCACGCGAGAUUAUUGUCUGGACUCCACGAUACUUGAUCCGAACCUCUUUCUGUGCCACCGUUAUCGCAGCCUUUCUACGGACCAUUAUCGAUGCUAUCCAAACGAUCAACAAAAGAGGUUUGGAAUCUGACAUCAGUGCUGUUCUCAACAAGAAGAAGAGCGAAUUUCUUGCUCUUCCCAUCAGCGAGACUUUCCUCCAACUGGUCCCUAGAGCUCCACGUCACAUGGUCCUCAGAGCUUCACGCGAGAUCAUUGUAUGGACUCCACGAAACUUGAUCCGAACUUCUGACCCUUCCAUGGUCCUCCCACGCAUUAUCGAGCUCGCUCAAGAGUUUGUCAACACGAGCACCAUUGGAACGGUUAUGUCAUGCGCAUUGGCUUCUUUGCCAACACCUGUUCCACAGUGCUGGACUCAACGCUUCAGCCUUGGCGCAGUCAUGCAAUUGUCGCCACCAACCUCCUUUACUACUUUCUUUGGGGGGAAAGAGCCCGAAUAUUAUGUGAGCUCAUUGGUCAGUAUCAUCGUUGACCACCACCACCACCACCAUCACCAAGAAGACAAGCAGGAAGAAGCAACAGCGACUCCCAUUGCCACCACUGAAUCGACUGAUAGUUCCAUUAUUGUUCUUUCCUCGUCGGAUAUGUUGGCCAACAUUGCAAUUGCAGCCGAUAAGGAAAAGAACAACUUGGACGAUGAUGAAGAUGAAGUGGAACACGUGGAUGCAGCUGCUGCUGCUGUACUUUCUGCAUUGUCUUCUUUUGCUGAAGAGGAUAAAGUUGAAUCUUCCCCUUCACUCUUCUACAAGAAAGAGGAAUCUGAAUCGUUUGCAGACUUGAAAGGCAAGCGAAAGGUCGUUCCAUUUUGGAUGUCCAAGCAUAGCAUUGCGCGAGCUGCUGGCAAGAAAGUCAAGGGACGUCGUGGACAAUUCAAGCAAUACCUUCGAGCACAAAAGAAGGCCGACCGUAUCAAGAUGGAGCAACAGCGUCGAGAUGCUGUGAAACAACAAGAACGAAUGGAUGGCGGACAUGAGGAUAUGGAAAUCGACCAUGAGGAAGACGAAGUGAAAAUGGAAAUCGAUUAUGAGGAAUCUACUACCGAUGCCUGCUGCAGCUUCACUGCUUCGAAUUUCACGAGACGUCGUGGACAAUUCAAAGAACGCGUAGUAGCACAAAACAAGGCUGGUCGUCGCAAGAUUGAGCAACAACGUCGAGAUGCGAAAAAACAAGAACUCUUGCGACAAAAGAGAGGAAUGAACGAAAUGAAAAUCGAGUAUGAGAAUGAUGUCUUUGACUCUUCUCAUCUCGCCUCCUUUUCUGAAUGGUACAGAGCUGAAUUUGGAUGUGAGCCAACAAGCUCAUUGGACAUCUUUGAUGAUCCAUCCUUCGGACAUGCAUAA